AACGUUACUCUUCGUUCCCACUCACAGAACCAACGAUUUACAGAGAAAGAGGAAGAAAAAGACGCAAAACCUUCCUUAAACCCUAAGAACUCUGAUGCAUUCAGCGAACCCAAGCUCUCGACUUUUUCUAUACCCAUGUAAAUCAACAUCAACCCAAUAUCCAAUCUUCAAUUUCCCCAAAUUUUCUUCAAGAAAAUUCGUCAAGUCUCUGAGAACUUCCAUUGAUUACGAGCAAGAAGUAUCGAAAGAAGAACUCGUAGUACCCAGUAACGUAACCCGUCGUCUUCCUAUCAUAAUCAAAAAGUCUGGCAAAGUUUCUAGGUACUUCAUCAAAGGAGAUUCCUUGGAGUUGCUAUGUGUUGAUGAAGAAGAAGAUGAUUCGACGUCGUUUUGCCUUGGCCUCGACGAUGGUUUCUGGAAAUUGAUUAGACUUUCAUCUUCAGCUGCAAAAGACUUCUUUUUACCGAAACAAGUCAGUGACAAUUACAUAAGUUAUGUCAAAUGGAAGUUUUUGCACAGAGUUUUCAGCUCUGCUUUACAAGUUCUUGCCACUCAGGCGAUGUUUAGAGCCAUAGGAAUUGGACAAUCUCGGUCACUUGCUUCAUCUGCUGCUUUUAAUUGGAUUUUGAAAGAUGGCCUUGGACGGUUAAGUAGAUGUAUAUACACUGCUAGUCUUGCUUCUGCUUUUGACACUAAUUUGAAGAGAGUUAGGUUUUCGACGUCUGUACUCUUCAGUCUAAGCAUUGGAGUGGAGUUAAUGACUCCAGUAUUCCCUCAGUACUUCCUUUUGCUAGCUUCCAUCGCUAACAUCGCUAAACAGAUUAGUCUGUCGUGCUACUUAGCAACCGGUUCAGCUGUACAUCGAAGCUUUGCUGUAGCGGAUAACCUCGGUGAAGUCUCUGCAAAGGCACAGAUUCAAACCGUGUGUUUUGAUAAUCUUGGUCUCCUACUGGCGGUUCUUCUAAAUAUGCUAUUCCAAAACAACCAAAGACUGCAGGCAAGUCUACCUUUUGUUCUAUAUCCAAUUUUCUCCACGUUUGAUCUCCUUGGCAUUUAUCAAGGGCUCAAGCAUAUCAAUCUGCAAACUUUAACCAAGGAUAGGCUUGAAAUAAUACUGGAAAGAUGGAUUGAAUUCAGGCAAGUACCUUCCCCUGCCGAAGUGAGUGAAGAGGAAGGAAUUGACCUUUUAGGGAGCAGAGGUAGCAAAAGGGUUUGGCCCAUUAGAAUCGGAUGCUUAGAUCCUAAGGCUCAGAUUCCUACACUAUCGAUGAUGGCGAUGCAAUCACUCUGCAAUGAUGAUAGUUUCUUCAUAACCAUUGAACUUUCCUCUAAAGGUUUUAGAAGAACACCAAAACCGGGCAUCGUUAUUUGUCUGCGUGAAGGAGCCAACAGUGUAGACAUUAUCACGAGUUUGUUGCAGACAUGUUACAUACGUAAAGCCUUUGGAACCAAUCGAAUCAAGAGAAGAGACGUAUCAUUGUCAGACUUGACGCUACAAGAUUGGUCCUUACUCACAGGAGAGAGUAAGCGAGCUGCACGAGAUGAUAUUAUCACACUGAACAGACAACUGCAAGAACAUGGAUGGAUUGUGAAGAAUGUUUUGUUGUGUGCAGAAGAACAAGUUAGAUAUACUUUCGACAAAACCCAAUUGUAACAUAAAAGAGAAGGAUAAGUUAAUUGUUGUUUAGCACACAAAGAUGGUCUGUAAAUUGAUGCGUAAGUACUUUGUUAAAACUCUACGUGGCAAUCUAUACACAAGAAAGGUGUUACAAUUUACAUUA